ACCUGUGAUCGACAAUUGUCCUUCGAAUGUAAGGACCAACGACGCUAUGGUACCCUGGACACCAGAUCCUACAGCUACUGACGAUGAUGGUACCACUCCAGAAGUAAUCUGCUUUCCAGCCGCUGGUAGUUCAUUUCCAGUCGAUGAGACAACAAAUAUUGUUUGUAACGCGAGUGAUGUUGCUGGAAAUGAGGCCAUCUGCACUUUUAAUGUAACUGUAGAUCAACAAGCACCUGUGAUCGACAAUUGUCCUUCGAAUGUAAGGACCAACAACGCUAUGGUAACCUGGACACCAGAUCCAACAGCUACUGACGAUGAUGGGACAACUCCUGAAGUAACCUGCAAUCCAGCCGCUGGUAGUUCAUUUCCAGUCGAUGCAACUACAAAUGUUGUUUGUAACGCGAGUGAUGCUGCUGGAAAUGAGGCCAUCUGCACUUUUAAUGUAACUGUAGAUCAACAAGCACCUGUGAUCGACAAUUGUCCUUCGAAUGUAAGGACCAACAACGCUGUGGUAACCUGGACACCAGAACCUACAGCAACUGACGAUGAUGGGACCAAUCUUGAAGUUAAAUGCAUUCCAGCCGCUGGUAGUUCAUUUCCAGUCGAUGCAACUACAAUUGUUGUUUGUAACUCGAUUGAUGCUGCUGGAAAUGAGGCCAUCUGCACUUUUAAUGUCGCUGUAGAUCAACAAGCACCUGUGAUCAACAGUUGCCCUUUGGAUGUAAGGACUGAAAACGCUACAGUCACCUGGACACCAGAUCCUACAGCUACUGAUGAUGAUGGGACCACUCCUGAAGUAACCUGCUUUCCAGCCGCUGGUCGUUCAUUUCCCGUUGAUGUCACUUCAAUUGUUGUUUGUAACGCGAGUGAUGCUGCCGGAAAUGAGGCGGAGUGCAUCUUUACUGUAACGGUCGAUCCCAAAGUUGUUGUUGUUUCCAUGGCGAUAAAUGAAACUAAUGGAUCAGAUGUUCCUUUCAUCGAAGCUUAUAACGACAUCACGAGUCCAGAGUCGCGAACGCUGUGCCUGCCUGUUGAAACGGCCAUGCUUGAAGCUUUAAGCCCCGAGCUUGCUUCAAUUGUGACGGCCAAGUGUACAGCCAUCUACCAAGGCAGCAUUAUCGUGGACGUGCGCCUGGGUUUCAGUCCUGAAGCUAAUAAUAGCGCGCCUCUAGGUAGCGCUGUGCAGGGGGUCCUACAAAACGUCAUCACAGAAGGCACAUUUGGAGCCGGUGGGGGUAUCACCUAUACCAUCAAUCCAGAGUUAGUGAUCGCACAAUGUUUGGAGGGUAUCUUUAUUUUGUCUCCAUAUUUCAGUGUGAUUCACGGAAAUAGCACAAUGUACCUCAAUGGGAUUCAUGCAUUAAGACGAGGCCCAGUGAUCGUCUUUUUUGUUCUGUUAAAUACAGCGGAGUCGAUCACGUGCCCUACCGACUAUUGCCAAAAUGGCGGGGAAUGUGUGAAGGAAGGAGCAGUGCCAAGGGUCCAGUUCUCCUGCAAUUGUUCUGCUGGAUUCACCGGUGAUGUUUGCCAGACAUCAAUAAAAGGUACUCCCCUUGCCGCCAUUCUGAUCCCGGUAAUAGCUCUCGUCUGCCUACUUGUGAUAAUUGGGGUCUGCACGAUGACAAAAGCUGGGUACAGACACUCGAAGCAACCCUCGGCACCCCCGGAACUAAACCCGAUGGAGUAUGACACAGGGGAGCGUCUGUACCGCCCAUAUCACGGCAGGUCUAACAGAAGAUUUACCUUCAAAGACUCAACAUGA